AUGGUGGCACGACCGCAAAUCAGCCGGUCGCUGGCCGAAAUCUUGCAAAUCUCUGUGAACGAGUUCCUUCUACUCAUCCAAACUCAUGCUCUGCCAUGGCUGGUAUUGAUGAAGAAGAGGGAUGUAAUCCAAAAGAUUGCUGAGGCCCGUGGGGAAAAGGACGUUGGUUUCCCGGUGAUGGACUCUAUUAAUAUCGGUCCAGUCCUCGGAUUGCUUUUAGUGCAAGACGUGCCGGACGUGGCGCAAUUCACCAUGGCGAGGCUUGUCGAGUUUGCGCCAACUCUCGCUGAUACCACGCUGGCUGAUGUGAUACAGGCCGAACUUGUUAUGGUUGUCCUCGAGCUGCUCAAAGCUGCGGCUGAAGCAGACGAAGCCCGCAAGGCCCGUGUUAUCGAUGCCAUCACCACAAUGUGCAACUUGGUUAUGGCCGCGAACAAGGAGAAGCCCAAGAAGGGCAAUCUCAUCGGUCGUUUCCUCCAGGCGUACAUGCUUGGCCUUAUGGCUCGCCUGGCGGACGUCAUCAAUGAUUUUCAUGGGCUAUGCCUGCCUCCCGAGGAACAAAUACGUUGCAUUCGAGCAUUGGAGGAAGCGAUCAAGCUUUGCCAGUCUUACGUGCGCAUUGCUCGGCCACAUAUUGCUGCUUGUCUUCUGUCGGCCAUUGCUCAGGACGAGCUCAGAGAGGCGGCGUUUUCCUGCUGGGCGGUCCUUCUGACCUACCUUGAAGAAGAGGACGUUGAAGUCUUGUUGGAAACGACGUUCUUCAUUAUCAAUCAUUAUUGGCCUGUGUUUGACGACAACACACGCAUCAAGGCCAAACAUCUGAUUUCCACCAUUAUAAAGCACUUCAGCGCAGUAAUCGAGAUGUACAUCUGGAAGUUGCCAUCAUUGGCACAUAUUCCUGAACUGGCUGAAGUGGAAGCUCAGCUCCAGAAAGUGCGCCGAGAUCAACCCAUCGAAAGCAGGACAGCAUUUGCCAUCUUUGCAGCCCGAGUGGCACACGAGAACUCGGGCGUUGUGCUUCAAGCUCUCAGAGAGCUUGUCGCAUACCUCAAACAGCACAGUGGUUCCCUACAGACGUCCGCGAUUGGCCAGCAGCCGGAUCCUGUGUUAUCGACGCUGCUCCGCGCCUUGCUGGAUUGCGCUUCAGAGUACAGCACUGUGCAGCCCGAAAUCGCUAGCCUGUGUACUCAAUGCAUCGGUCUGGUCGGGUGCCUUGACUCUAAUAGAAUUGAGGCUGUCAGAGAGCAGAAGUCCAUGGUCUUAUUGAACAACUUUGAGAACGCAGAUGAGACGACGGACUUUGUGCUCUUCAUCCUGGAGCAAAUCCUGGUCAAGGCCUUCCUUUCCACGACAGACACAAAGCUCCAAGGCUUCUUGUCUUUUGCCAUGCAAGAACUCCUGGACAAAGUGGAUAUCAAGGCAGCCUGUGCCUUCCGAAGCACGGGAAUGAGAGACGGCGAUCUGAUCUACAGAAAAUGGCUCACUCUACCUGAAGGCAUUCGGGAGACUCUGACCCCAUUUUUGACCUCCAAGUACGUCUUAACACCUGUUACGCCUGCGCCUGUUGAGUAUCCCAUUUUCCGUCCGGAUCUCAUUUUCGGGCCGCUGGCUCGUACUAUUCGGGUCAAGGAUGUCGCGGUAGCAGAGUUCCUGCUUCCAUACUUGGUCCUCCACGUCAUCAUUGGCAACAGAAGCACGCAGAAAGAUCGUGACAAUAUUAUCGGCGAGCUGGUUGGCAUCCUCCAGCACCAGCUUGCCGAAGAUGCUCCGUACGCGGAGAGGGAGGAUACGAAGCUUUACUGUGAGGCCGUCUUCCGAGUGCUUGAUUAUGCAAGCAGGUGGCUGCAGGAAAAGAAUGCUAGGCGCAAAAAUGACAGCGAUCUUCCGUCCAUAGCAAGGGUGGAUGACCUGCUGAGCACAAUUCCGCCGGUCUUGAUUUCCCAGCGAGCUAUGGACUGCAGGGAAUAUCCAAGAGCCCUGUUCCACCUCGAGCAACACGCCCAACAAAUGGAAGUCGAGAAGAGCGACCCCCAGCAAAGAACGCUGCUCCUUGAGCAAUUGCAGGAUAUAUACACCCAGAUUGACGAGCCUGAUGGGCUAGAGGGGAUUUCAGCUCACCUCCACGUUCUCGAUAUCAACCAACAAAUCCUCAGUCACAAGAAGGCGGGCAGAUAUACGGCGGCUCAGACGUGGUAUGAGAUCAAGUUGGCAGAAGAGCCCAACAACAUCGACGUACAGGUUGACCUUUUGAACUGCCUGAAACAAUCUGGACAACAUGAUGUUCUGCUCAACUAUGUUGAAGGUAUGCAUACGGAACCGUCGAUGGAAAACAAAAUUGUUCCGUAUGCGGUCGAGGCAGCCUGGGCGACCCGCCGAUGGGACACUCUGUCCAAGUACACGAGCCGUUUUCAUGGCAGCACUUUGGAAGACUUCAACGUUAGCGUUGGCCAGAUCUUUAACACUCUGAAGCAAGAGGGCGCCGAGGGAGUCGCAAUCUCUCAAAUGUUGCAGAGUAUGAGGGAAAAGAUUGCCUCAGCGAUGACUUAUUCCGCGACAUCCUCACUACAAGCCUGCCACGAUCUGAGGCUUCGAUGCCACGUACUGACCGAUCUGGAAAUCAUUGUUGGGAUGCAAGAAGGGAAUGAUGAUGCUCGCCAAGACGUUUUGACAAUGCUCAACCGGCGAUUGGAAGUGCUAGGUGCAUAUGUCAAUGACAAACAAUACCUCUUGGGAAUUCGCAGAGCAGCCAUGGAGCUCUCACGACCCAAGUUUUGCGACUCAGACAUCUCUUCGUCGUGGCUUUCCAGUGCGCGUCUGGCUAGAAAAGCGAAUUCCACACACCAGUCAUUUAAUGCAGUUCUCCAUGCUUCUCAACUACAAGACAAUGCCGCCGUCAUUGAGAAUGCCCGACUCCUUUGGAAAGACGGCCACACACGCAAGGCGAUUCAGGUUCUCCAGGGCGCCAUCGAAUCCAACAACUUCAUGACACAAACAAAUAGCACCUCUUCCGCUCGGGGCCUCGACUCGCAGCAGAGACUUCUGACAGCCAGAGCACAGCUCAUGCUUGCCAAGUGGUUGGAUGCGGCAGGCCAAACGAACAACGCUGCUCUGCGCGUCAAAUAUCAACAGCCUCCCAAGACAAACUCAUCGUGGGAGAAGGGCCAUUACUACCUAGGACGUUACUACAAAAAGCUGCUGGAGACCGAGAAGCCUCUGAAACCAGACGAGCAAAGUGAUGCCUUUGUGCAAGGCGAGAUUGCCAGGCUGGUUAUUGAGAACUAUCUCCGAUCACUCAACUAUGGCACCAAGUAUCUUUACCAGACCUUGCCGAGAAUUUUAACGUUAUGGCUCGAAUUGGGAGCACAAGUGGACAAGGCUCCCGAAGGCAAGGUCUCGUUGUCCCGCGAGCUCCAUAGGAGGCGGACGGAGCAGCUCAAUCUCCUUCAUGCCUUCCUCGACAAAUACAUCGCUCGCCUUCCGGCCUACAUAUUUUACACGGCCCUCCCGCAGAUCGUUGCGAGAAUUGCCCACCAGAACCAAGCUGUGUUUGAACGCCUAACACGCAUUGUCACCAAAGUUGUGGAGUCACAUCCUCGACAAGCACUCUGGGGCUUAUUUGGGAUCAUGACCACGAGACAAGCUUCAGAGCGGCGAGUGCGAGGUCAGCAUAUCUUGCAAGCGCUGAAGGGAAUCUCCAAGAAGGUUGAAGGAAGCAGCUAUGACCUCAAGCAGCUACUGAGAAUGGGCGAGAAACUCGCAGAGCAGCUUCUGCUGGCUUGCAACAACGGGGACUUCCAGAGCAACAGGACGACGGUGGCAAGCAUCACGCGAGAUCUCAACUUCAACCACAAGUGCACGCCCUGCCCCCUAGUGGUCCCCAUUGAGUCUUGUCUGACAGCUACGUUGCCGACAUUGACGGACAACGUCAAGAAGCACAAGGCAUUCUCUCAGGAUGUUAUCACCAUCGACUCCUUCCUAGAUGAGGUCCUGGUUCUAGGAUCGCUGGCUAAACCGAGGCGGCUAACAUGUCGCGGAACGGAUGGCAAGAACUACAUGCUCAUGAUCAAACCGAAGGACGACUUACGAACGGAUCAGCGUCUAAUGGAGUUCAACGGGAUGAUUAACCGGUCACUCAAACGUGACGCCGAGGCCAGCAGGCGUCAAUUGUAUAUCAAGACGUACGCUGUCGUGCCUCUCAACGAAGAGUGCGGCAUCAUUGAAUGGGUCGAUGGGCUUAAGACUCUUCGAGAAAUCCUUUUAGACCAGUACAAGUCUCGGUCCGUCCAUCCUGACUAUAACCAGAUCAAGAGGAUGAUGUCGGAGGCUGUGACGGGGCCGAACAAUAUCAAAAUCUUCACGGAGGGCGUGUUGGGGACGUUCCCGCCAGUGCUGCAGUACUGGUUCGUGCAGCGAUUCCCUCAUCCCUCGACGUGGUUCUCGGCUCGGCUCAAGUACACUCGCUCUUGCGCAGUCAUGUCUAUGGUCGGCACCAUUCUCGGUCUGGGCGACCGCCACGGCGAGAAUGUCCUUCUCGAGCGCGACAACGGCGGCAUUUUCCACGUCGACUUCAAUUGUUUAUUCGAUAAAGGACUGACGUUCGCACAACCGGAGAGGGUGCCUUUCCGUCUGACACACAACAUGGUUGCUGCCAUGGGCAUCUACGGAUACGAGGGACCCUUCCGCCACUGCAGCGAGUUGACGCUGGGCAUCCUGCGGCAACAGGAGGAGACGCUGAUGACGAUUCUCGAGGCGUUCAUCUACGACCCCACCUUGGAUCUGCAAAAGGAGAAGAAAACAAGCCGCAGAUCGGAUGGCGCGCCGCGGAUGCAGCCGCAGCUUGUCGUCGACAGUAUAAAACGGAAGGUGAGGGGCCUGAUGGGUCCAGAUCCUAUUCCGCUGGGAGUUGAGGGACAAGUGGAGGAGUUGAUCAAGCAGGCGGUCGAUCCCAGGAACCUGGCGGCCAUGUAUAUUGGUUGGUGUCCCUUCUUGUAG